UAUUUGCUGCUUCCUGUGCCCUGCGGCAGGACGCAAGAGUCAGCUGUCGAACUACAUGUCCCAGUAGCCUUUGCGCUCCAUGUGGAGACGGACUGCUGUGUCGACCUUGAAGCUCUACUGGAAGUAAAGCAUGGCCAACAAGGAGCCCAAUCGAUUUCUUCAGCACCUGAGGGACCUGGCAGGCCGGAUGUCUUCGUCUGGUGGCAAGGGUGCAGGAUUAGGACUGAAGCUUCUGAUUGGAGCCGGGGCCUUGGCAUAUGGCGUUAAAGAAGCCACCUACACAGUGGAGGGUGGUCAGAGAGCAAUCGUCUUCAACAGGAUUGGAGGGAUUCAAAUGGACACUGUUCUGGCUGAGGGGCUACACUUCAGGAUCCCAUGGUUUCAGUACCCUAUCAUCUAUGACAUCAGAGCCAAACCCAGGAAAAUCUCCUCUUUGACUGGCAGCAAAGACCUUCAGAUGGUGAACAUAGCGGUGCGAGUACUGUCCAGACCCAUGGCAUCCAACCUCCCAGUCAUGUACCAGCAGCUGGGUAAGGACUACGACGAGAGAGUCCUUCCCUCCAUCGUCAACGAGGUGCUCAAGUCUGUUGUGGCAAAGUUCAACGCCUCCCAGCUCAUCACACAGAGAGCCCAGGUGUCAUUGCUGGUGCGCAGAGAGCUGUUUGAGAGAGCUAAAGACUUCAACAUCAUCUUGGAUGAUGUUGCCAUCACUGAGCUCAGCUUCAGCAGCCAGUACACUGCUGCUGUGGAGGCCAAGCAAGUUGCCCAGCAGGAGGCCCAGAGAGCCCAGUUCUAUGUGGAGAAAGCCAAACAGGACCAGAGACAGAAGAUUAUUCAGGCUGAGGGAGAGGCUGAAGCUGCAAAGAUGCUGGGUCAAGCCGUGACUAAGAACCCAGGCUAUCUGAAGUUGAGGCGUAUCAGAGCAGCGCAGAACAUUGCUAAGACAGUGGCGUCAUCUCAGAAUAAGGUGUAUCUCAACGCUGACAGUUUGGUCCUCAACCUGCAAGACGAGUCAUUUAACAACUUGUUGCUGAACAAGAAGAAGUGACAAGAAGGAUGAGAAAGACACAGUAGGAUUGUCCCUGUCAUCAACAACUCAACCUGAAGACAUUGCCAUGUGAUUUUUGUUUGUGGCCUAUGGAAUGAUCGUCUGUGACCCAGGGAAGUGUGUGUGUGUGUGUGAGAGAGAGAGAGAGAGUGUGUGUGUGUGAGAGAGAGAGCGAAAGAGAGAGAGAUGGGAAGUAAUUUUUUUUUCAUCUGACACUUGCUAGUGGCCUGUAUCUCUGCAAGCUGAACACGAAGUAACCUGAUCCUAACCUGUUGAUCUCAUUGAAAGUUUAUCAUUAUUGAAUAAAUCCAAAGCAUGCCAACUUGUCAGCCUAUCAGAAUGAAGGAAAUCAGCCAGGAAGAUUGGACACCAUUACAGGAUUUUCAGUUGAAUGUAGUCCCUUGAAAGAGCCCAGUGGUCAUUGUAAAUAAGGAUUUGCCUUGUUUGAGAGAUAAUGUCUCAACUUGUAGAGAAUGUGAUGGCAGAAACUGAAAAGGUGUUGUGAACAAAAUGUCAAGAAGGCUCAAACAAGGAGAUUAUUACAGCCCUCGCUCUUCAGUCCCAAUCAGUUUCCAUUGGUAAAUGUCAAAUUUCAAUUGUGUAUCAGUCACCCAGUCAAUAACAGUGUAACUGUUUUUGCAUUUUUAAUAAUUUUUGUUUCACACUUAUUUUGUUUAAUUUCUGUUUGGCUUAGAAAGUGUGUUAAAUUGUUGGCACUGCAGCUCGCGGGAAGACUGAAUAACUAACAGUGAUACUGUGCAUAUGUAAUUUUGAUCACAUGACAAUGUUAAUUAUUGUGCAGUUCAUGUACAUAAACAUUUAAUUUAAGACAUUUUAAAAGAAGAAUUUAGAAUAAAUGGACUUUGUGAAUAUCACAAUAUUUCAACCGUACUGUGAUAUCAGGUUUUGGAUUAUCAACCACAUGCCAACACAAACUGUUCUUACAGCAAGGAGAACUGUAUCUGCUGCAUUUUGUUUGUGGUUGAUUUUAUUAAAUGAAUAAAAUGAUUUUGGAUGUC